AAGGGGAAGGAAUAAGGAUUUUUCUCCUAUCGUGACUGAGAAUGCCAGCGACGGAUUACCAGGGUUCUUCAGUGCCUUUUUCCUCGAUAGGUCGUUCGUUAUUGAGUAUUAGGCGCGAUCAAGUUCAUUCCAUGGAAGGGAACCAGGAGCCUACCAACCUGGAAUUGAAGCUCGAGGGGUUCCAGAAACAGGUUGUUGAUCGGUUCAAUGAUCUCCAUGCCGUUACCGAUGAAGAUCUGCUCUCCCUCUCAUGGAUCCGUCGCCUUCUUGAUGCGUUCCUCUGUUGCCAGGAGGAUUUUAGGUCUAUUUUGUUCAAAAGCAAGGCCCUCGUCUCGAGACCUCCCUUAGAUCGCAUGGUCAACGAAUUUUUUGAGAGGAGUGUGAAGGCGCUGGAUGUCUGCAACGCUAUCCGCGAUGGAAUUGAGCAGGUUCGACAAUGGCAGAAGCACUUAGAGAUCGUCCUUUGUGCCUUGGACUCCCGCCAGAGAAUCCUCGGGGAGGGCCAGUUCAGGCGGGCCAAGAAGGCGCUGACGGAUUUGACAAUCGCGAUGCUGGAUGAGAAGGAUUCUAGCUCCGUCCUCUCCCACAGGAACCGUUCGUUCGGGAGGAACAACAACAGCAGCAAGGACCACCGUCCAGCAGGGCAUUUCCGCUCGCUCUCCUGGAGUGUCUCUCGCUCUUGGUCAGCCGCUAGGCAGCUUCAGGCGAUAGGGAACAACUUGACCCCUCCCCGUAGUAAUGAAAUUGUUGCCACCGGUGGGGUAGCAGUUGCUGUCUACACCAUGAAUUCGGUGCUUCUGUUCGUAAUGUGGUCUCUCGUAGCGGCUAUACCAUGUCAGGACCGUGGCCUGCAAACCCAUCUCUCCAUCCCUCGCCAUUUCCCAUGGGCAAUCUCAAUUCUUUCACUCCAAGAGCGGAUUACCGAGGAAUCCAAGAAGCGGGACCGAAAGAAUACGAGUGGGUUGUUGAAAGAAAUCCAUCAAAUUGAGAAAUGUGUGCGUCACUUGACGGAAAUGGCCGAUGCAGUUCAGUUUCCCUUGACGGAGGAACGGGAGAAGGAGGUGAGACAGGGAGCAUUGAAUUUGGCAUUGGUAUUGGAUACAGUGAGAGAGGGAUUAGAUCCUUUGGAGCGCCAGGUAAGAGAGGUGUUCCAUAGGAUCGUGCGUAGCCGAACUGAAGGUCUUGACUGUAUGGGUAAGGCAAGCAAUUCUGAAUGAUCUGAAAUUCUGAAACCUGAAUUCUGGUCCACCUUCAGUGUGCAUCGAAUUGUACAAUUUUGCAAAAUAUGUUUGGGUAAUUUUUGGUUGUCUGGGUAUGUAACUCUGUUGCAGUGGAGGAGGAGAGAGAGGACGAGCAGAAGAAUGAUAUUAGAUGUCCAUCAACAAUAAGAACCCUUUUUUAUACAUUCUGUAAAGAAAAUCCUUGGAUUGGAUCGUCCCGUUCAAUGGAGCUGUUUAUUCGGUUUGUAUCCGUAAUUGUAUAAGUUUAAUCAAUUUUCUCCGGUUAGCUUCAUCUUCAUGUC